AUGCCCUCCCCGCUCACGGCUCUGCCCAACUGCUCCCCCUGCAUUGGGGAUUUCGCAGUGCAUCCAGGGGACUGGCCGCGCGUUGGGUCGGAGAGCGCCCUUCCAGAUGACGUGCUGCUGGGACUCUGCUGGGAGGACCCUGCCUUCACUCAGUGUUCUGCUCUCUCUGCUCCUCCACCCACCCAGCCGCUCGUAGCACUGCCAGCGUCAAUGCCCUCCCCGCUUGCUGCUCUGCCUGGGUCUGCCCUCGGGAGCACGAGCAGCUGCGUUGCAGUGACGCGUGCUGGGGAUGCGAGUGCCUCGCAGGAGCUGGAAUACCUGGAUGCGUGCAUUGGCAUGCUUGGCAAUGGAAACAACAGCAAUGACAGCAACGGCAACGGCUGCGGUGUGCUCUUUCUCAACACUCCCAUGGCUCACGUGCUGCUGGGUGGGGGUUCCCUCGCCCACCAACAGGCGCUGGCACCCACAGCCCCUCGUGCUGCUGGGGCAGCCCCUCGUGCUGCUUGUGCAGACCUGCCUGAAUGGGCAGUGGAGCAGGGAGGGGCCUGGGAGGGAGGUGCUGAGCCGCACCUGUGCCAGUACGAGCAGCUGAAGGGUUGUGAGCGUGGAGAGUUUGAGCGCAUUCUCCCCCCCCAACAGCUGCUGCAGCCGCUGCGCCUAACUCCCUUUCCGCCAGCCCAUUCUCAACAUCGAGUCCCCCAUGCCAUCACCAGUCCAUUGAACACGCUUUCGAACCCAAGGGACUCGCACAUGCGAGCUCCCAUACAGCCACGCCCAGCCAUGCUGCAGCAGCCCUUCCCCACCGGUGGUGCUUCAUCUGCCCUCUACCAAGUCCAUGGUUCCUCCGGUGCCCGGCGUUGCCUUUACUCUGAGAGUUGA